AAUUUAUUUUUAAAUAAUAAUCUUUAUGAAUUUAUGGUUUAUGAACCAUAUAAAUAUAUUAUACAAUUUAUAUUUGACUUGGCAUAAUGGAAGCAAGGAUUAGUCAUCAUAUUCAAGGUAUAUUUAUGCUAAACAGAAAAACUAUUCCUCCUACAUUGAAUAAACAUCUAACAAAUAAAAUAUUUAAUAAGCCAAACAAAGAAGCUAUGGAACAGGUGUUAUAUUAUCUACUUCAAUUAACAGAUCCAAAUUGCUUAAAAACAGUAUCUUGGCCAAUAACUACUUUUAAAGAAGCUGCUGAAUUCCGUAAUAUAGCUACACUACUAAUUAAUGGUUUAGAUGGGUUUGUUUAUGAAAAAUCUUCAAAUGUUAUUGGAAAAGUUAAUUCAUCAUUAUUAGCAAAUCCUGGCGGACCUGUCUUUAUUUUUUUUAUGUAUCAAUUUUGUUUAUACAUUAAGUGUUGUGAAUUGAAGAAAAAAGGUAUUAUUUAUUUAAAUGCACCACUGUAUAUUGAAGACAAGUUUAUUGACAAAAAAAUAUCAAUGUUUGAUGGAAUAUCAAAUAGUAAUUUUAAUGAAGUAAAUGAAAUAAUUUCUCGAGUUGGAUGUACUCUUAAAAAUACUACAGAUAUAGCUGUAAAAUAUAAAGAAAUCAUUCAAGAUAGUAAACAGCGUAUUAAAGAUUUUAAAUCUGAAUUACUUAAUAUUGAACAUUGUGAAGCAACUGAAAGCGAAGUUUCUGAAUUAAGACAAAAAUUUAUGAAUUUAUAUACUAAUUUUCAACAAAAUAAGUUAAUUUCUAUGAAGUGUGCUAAAUUAACUGAUAUUAUAUUAAAAUCUCAAGAAACUUUGGAUGCCAAUAUAAUUAAUUUAACUUCUGAUAUAAAGAGAGAAGAAUUAAUGGACAAUUGUGGAAAAGUAGAUCUUAUAAAAUUCCUUAAAACCAUAAAAAAUACUUUAAAUGGUUAUAUAAAUUGGUGUGAACAGUUAAAUGACGAAGGUAAAAUUAAUAUUAUGGUACAAGAAUCACAACAAUCAGUUAUUGACAUGACAGAACAAAUUCUAUCUUAUGAGAAACAUAUAAAUGUCUUAAAUAAUAUAAUUGAUAAUUUAAAAAUUGAAAACCAAGUAUUAUAUAAAGAAGUGUUUACUGAUAAAAGUCUUGAAAAUCUUGAUCCAAGAGUACAAUCAGUAUACAAAAUUAUUCCUCCAAUAAUUUUAAAAACAGAUUUUAGUGAUAAACCAAAAUUAAUGACUUCAGAAGGAAGUAAUAAAUCAAGGCGAUCAAUCUUACUACACUCUAGUAGUCAACCAUAUAAAUAUCAAACUAUAGAUUUUGAUACCAUUAAACAAGUAUACAAUGAAACAUUACCAAAUCAUUUUAAAAAUGAUAACAUACAAGAUGAAAUGGUGAAAAAAAACAAUGAAUUGGAUAAGUCUGUAGUUAAAAUAUUACAAAGUUCUCACAAUGAAAAUUUGCUGGAUGAUACAUGUGCUGCUUUUGAAAAUCAACCGGUUUUGACCACUCAUCCAACAAUAAUGGAUGAAACUGAUGUUAUAAAAAAUGGUCGCCAAUCUCAAAUUAAAGAAGAUGAAAUUAAAAGUGUAUCUAUUUCACGAAAAUCAAUUGAGAACAUAAAGCAAAAGUUCAUUAGAAUUAAAAAACAAGCAAUGAGUACAAUUCCACAUUCACCUCAAUCACCAUUUUAAAUGCAUUUUAAUUAUCAAUGUAUAAUUUAAUACAAAAAAUUAGAUAAAUGUUCAGUUGUUAAAACCAUUAUAGCAAUUAAUAUACUAUGUGCAUAAUAUUUACUAACUACUUAUAUACUUCCUCUAUGUCAAAAAUUAAAAUAAAUAUAUUAAUGUUAAC